GACAAUGAUAAUAGUCAACGAUGUUCUGGAAUGUUUGAUAAGGCCGCAAUUCCAGGAGGGGCGGAUCCAAAGAUUACUUUAAAAUAUGACAAGAUUUCAGAGAUAGGUACAUCAGUGGUUGUAUACGAAUACUCAGAUUCUGGUAGUAUUGGAUAUUUCGAGGAAGGAGAGGCAACGAUUAAAAACCACCAUUGCACUGAUUCACAACUUAACAGCAUUGUUUUUAACAAGGAUGCAUCAAGUAUCGUUGAUCAUGUAUUUUAUUUCAAUUCUACUGGGGAAGAUCGGAGUUUUAUAUACCAUGUCAACAAAACCGGCUUUUAUUGUGUCGCAGCGCUUUCUUUUGAAGGUAAAGGUGGAGAUUUUAUGAUAAGAAUUGAUUGGAGAAAUCCGUAUGGAGAACUACCUGCUUCCGAUUAUCCAAAAUUACCGUUUUAUGGACUCUUAUCACUGGUUUAUUUGGUUAUUGGAGUUAUAUGGAUGACGCUUAGUAUUAUACAUUGGCGAGAUAUUUUACCAAUACAGAAUUAUAUCUCAAGCGUGAUUCUAUUUCUCAUGUUGGAAAUGGCUUUCAAUUGGGGAUAUUGGGAGAAUUAUAAUAACUAUGGGCAACAUUUCUCCUUUGCCUUGUUGUUGCUCUCAACGCCGGAAGAAACUCUAUUUCAUUCUUUAUGCUAUUGA